CAUGCACCCUUCUCAGCACAGCUUCUCUUCUCGUGUUUGCUAUCUUCUAGCCUUGGGACACCCAUCCUGUCCUGCUUUUUGGCUUUUGGCUUAUUACUUUGCAAAGUUUGUGCUCGGUCCCCAGAGCGCCCGCGCUUCAUCCAAAUCCUUCACUGAAGUCAUCCUCCCACCCGACGUAUAUUUAUACUGCGCUUUAACAGUCCAGGCGAACACUUCGGACGCCAACUCCUUUCUUUUCUCCCGUCGUUUACUCUCCCCUCAGCCGGAUUGAUUGACAAUGCUCGCUCGUGGCGGGCUGCUC